GGUCAAAUAAAAGAUAUUGACGAGAUAUCGUAUCAGAAAAUGACAUGUGAACCAGGACGUAGUUAAAUAUUUGAAGAAGUCUUAUCGUCUAUCUCAAAUUUCUCCAAUUCCUAUCACUGAUAAAGACAGAUAAUGCCAAUAGGAUAAAUUGUGCUCUAACCAUCACUGUUAUACAGAUAUACUGUGUUAUAAUAUUAUUGUGAUACAACGUAACUGUGCUAUUAUAGUUUUACCUACUGCUGCUAAAAAACAACACAUUUUGGUAGAAUCUUGAAAUUGUGUUAGAAGAAAAAUCUGCAAUAAAGGUCAUAAAUAGUGUUGAAAAGAAGUGAUUAAGAAUAUAUCACAGAAACUGUAAUGUUGAAGCAACUAGUGUUGUUAACUUUGCCUGUUACUCUGUACGCCUGGCAGCUGUGCCAUGGAGACUCGUGUAAAAUCAACCGACAGGCGAGGAUCAUUGGAGGGGACAUCACCGAACAAAAUUCCAGGCCAUUUCAGGUUGCCCUUUACGCGCGAGUGGGCACCACGGGUGAAGUGGGCUUCUGCGGAGGUUCGCUAGUACAUCCAGAGUGGGUGCUGACUGCGGCGCACUGCUGCUAUCAUAAUGGACAGCAAGUUGACAACGUUCAGGCAAUCCUGGGCGCGCACUCACUGUACGACCGUUACGAAAACGGUCGCCGUAUCGUGAAUGUUGACGAGGUGCGGGUCCACCCAGAUUACGAUCCGGAAUCUUUCGCUAAUGACAUUGCGCUAAUGAGGCUCGCUAACACCAUGCAGCUAACAGAAACUAUAGAUGUGGUUCGUCUACCGUACCUGGGUAUAACCAACUUCAAUUUCGCUGGAAUGGGAGCCACGGUGUCCGGCUGGGGAAUAGCGGCGCCAGGUGUCGAGUUUGUGUCACCAACUCUUCGAGAGAAGCUGAUGACUGUGAUGACGGAUACAAUGUGCAACAUACAGUAUUUCGACCAACUGCCCGCCAACGUUGUAUGUGGCUUCCACGCUACCGCUGGCACUUGCAAGGGUGACAAUGGUGGUCCAUUGACGAUAUGGUAUAACGCCACAGAAGAAGUUAUCCUGAUCGGCGUGGCGUCGUUCGUGGACGCGAGCGGCUGCAACGGCGAACUACCCUCAGUCUUCACGCGCGUACAGCGCCAUCUGCAGUGGAUCAGCGACAACACCGGCAUAGUACUUCAAUAACAUUGUUAUACCUCUUCCUUGAUUAUAAUACUAGUUUAAGUUUUAUUAUAAAGUAACCAAGGCUGGAAUCGAACCAUCACGCCUGGGUCACAUCUCAGACACUGGCGAUCAAAUAUAUGAAAGAGGCGCGUUCCUAGCACACAUUCUAAGCUCGUGUAGGUGAACGCGUACCAUGCUUGUAUGAGUGAGAUAUGACAGGUCGAUU